AUGCGCUUCUCUACAAUCUCUACCAUUAUUGGCCUCAGCAGCCUUGCGCUUGCGCAGACUCAGCUGCUCCCCCAGUGCGCUCAAUCAUGCGUUGGUACCGACUUCGGCGGCUGCAGCACUCUUGAUGUCGAGUGCAUUUGCAACAACAAGGACCUGAUCACGGGCCUGGCUUGCUGCGUCUCCACCAGCUGCGACGCCGCAGACCAGCAGACCGUCAUCGAUUUCGCGCAGAACCUCUGCAAGCCGCAAGGCGUGACCGACCUCCCGACCACGGCCACCUGCGCCUCGGGCGCCUCCUCGGCCACCGGCUCCGCGUCGAGUGGCAGCAGCUCCGCUUCGUCCACGGCGGCGAGCGCGUCUGCCAGCGCUACUGGUUCGGCUGCCAGCGCUGCCUCCUCGGUCGCGUCCAGCGCGUCGUCGGCGGCGAGCAGCGCGACUUCUGCUGCGGCCACUGGCGCCGCUGGUGUGUGCUCGGGCAACGCUGCGGGUAUGGGUUUCGGUCUGGUGCUGGCUGGUCUUAUGGGUGCUCUGUAA